AUGUUGUCAGAUUUGAACCCAGAAUCGGGUCCCCUCGCCGGGCGAUGCAAAUCUUCGGCUUCAACAAGGAAUAUAGGCAAUUCGCGAAUCAACUACGAACUCCCUGGUACUGUUGUGUCUCUUCGUGACGGUUGGCAAUGGACAUGUCAGAGUGGUGCUGUCGUCUCGGGCCUUCUUGCAGCAGUGGCAGGGCAAUUCCUCGGCUUAGUUCGCUCAGUCGCUGCAGACAAUGCAUCAUUUGAAACGCAGUCCUUUCUCCUAACAAUGUGCUAUGCUGCAAUCCUGUUCAAUAUCAGUGCCACAAUAGGUUCAUUCAUUAUAAUGGACAACCUCGGUGAAAUGGGGUUCCGUGCGUCGUGCAAGGCGACCGAGUUGGACGAGGUCUCCGACAUGGGCCUGGGGACAUUUAUGACGAGCCAGGACGGGUUACUGAUCAAGUUCGGCGCGAGUCCGGAGUGGAAAUGGAUGUUAUACCACUGGGAAUACAACGUCGGGACGCGCUUUUACAUUUAG